AUGGAUGUUCAAGUUACCAGCAGGUUACCACAUGUGAAGAAAGUCAAGAACGACGUGAAUGGUGUAGGGAGCGUCAGAACUGGGGUAUUCGUCGCUGGUCACGUGUCAUGUUUUCAGAUGAAUCCCUAUUCACUUUGGACUUCCUUGACAGGUGUGGUUGGGUCUGGCGACAAUGAAAUGAAUGUAUCUAAUGUGAUGGAAGAAGACAAAAUAUACACGUUGAAUGUCUCAUAUGACACUACCAGUCAUAAAGUGAGAAAUUCCAGUACUGUACGAGUAAUUAUUCCAGUAAUUAAAGGGAAAACACAGGUUGUGAAAAUGUUUGCUGUAGAUUCAUUGCUGAAACUAGAGGUCGUUUUGGGAGCUAGUGAAUCCGAAGUAAGCUUCAGGAAUCUUGAAUUGCAUGGGUUUGACUGGCCAGUGGAAGAUGAAGCUCUCUUGACAUUCAAGAACCAUAAGCAAGAUCCACAUCUAUUAUUCUUACCAGAAGAUAUUCUUGGAGCGAAUGACACUAAUUUCUAUCUUGUUAUUAGAGUUAAGAAAGGUCAGAUUUUCCAUGGUGAAGUUGAUGAAUCACACAGACUGAAGAGUCAGAUUGGCAUACAGACAUUUACUGUUGAGUGUUCUUACUGGAGUGAGGCACAUGAAGAGUGGAAACAGGAUGGUUGUAUGGUCAGUCCCUUUACAACUGUAACAACUUUACACUGCUGGUGUAGUCAUCUGACUGUGUUUUCUGGUGGUAUUUUCAUUUCACCCAACACUGUCGAUCCAAUUGGUGAUAUAGCCUUGUUCCUGACGUUUUUCCAAAACCCUGUGGUGGUCACCCUCGUUGUUGCCGUUUGGAUUCUGUUCAUUAUGUUGCUCAUCUGGGCACGCAGAGUAGAUCAGAAUGAUUUAAGAGAGGAAAUGUUACACAUGCCGUAUGUGGCCUGGCAUUGUCCUGCUGAAAGAGUUCUCUCUGUUGAUCCACAAGAUUUCAUACGGUAG